AUGUCUGCUUCUUCGAAUUUGCGUUUUCGCAUUCUCUGGGGCUUGCUUCUCACCUGCAGACUAAAUUCCGGCGCAGCAGCAGUCAUCAACACCAAUGACCAGAACCUUGCACAACGCGACAGCACGAACACCUAUGAUAACGCCUACUAUGUUGUGCAGGGGUCCUGGAAGUGUGAUUUUACCCAACUUCGACUUCUCGAUGCAGCCAUUAACGAGGCAGAAGAGCUCGCCCAGAAAACCAUAGAUGUGCUCCAAGUGAAGGGCGCUGAGACGUCCAUUUCAUAUGAUACCUGGUUCGGAUCGAGUAAUGCCAACCCGACAACGAAGGAUACAAUCAUCAAUCAGCACUACAAAACAGUGUUGUCGCAUCUCCCUUAUCCAAACAUCCCUGCGGCAUUUCGAUGGACCACCCACGCUGAGUUCAAAGCGCCACUAAACGAGGCACCGCCGACGGACGACUCGAUCGUGUACGGUUGCCGCCAAAUGUGCCAGGAUGGAGUCCUGGCAUCCAAUCUGCGAGCGACCGGGAUGAAAUCAGACGGUACAACGAAAGAAUUCGGUCCCUUGGUGCUUGUCCUCUGCCCAGCGUUUUUCGAGUUGAAGAAUAACAACGCAGAGAUGAUCAAGGAAUGGCAGAGGACGCUCGGUUUUGGGUCAGGCAACUCCAAAGGUCGCAUCUUAGUUCACGAAGUCCAGCACAUGGCCAAAGGAACGAGCCCCAGCGAGCCUGCUGAGGACUUGUCAGAGCCACUUCCCGACAUAUUCGGCCAUGACACCUGCUAUUCUCCCAGUUGCUGUGCUCGUCUAUCUGAUACUGAUAAGAUGAGAAACGCUCAGAAUUUUGCUUUAUUCACCAUAGACGUUCUAGCGUUCCCGAACGCUGGCGCACCAGCGUCUUCC